AUGGCCUCUUCAGAGCAUGCGUCUGCCCUGCUAAAGUGGGCGCGUUCUCAAGGUGCAAGUAUCAAUCCUUCAGUUGAAGUCGUUUAUUUGCCCGAGACAGGCCUCUCGUUCCGCGCAAAAGCCCCUACAGCGCCCUCUGACACAAUCGUCAGCAUCCCCUCGUCACUCACGCUCUCAUAUCUUAACACUCUUCCUGGCCGUGAUGACCCAAAGCCUUUUACCGCGGGGUUCUUGGCACAAACACCGCCUCAUGUCCUUGGCCGUUUUGUUCUCAUCAAGCACUUUCUGCUAAAAAGCGAGUCUUUCUGGGCGCCUUAUAUACAGGCUUUACCACAGCCUGAGGACCACGAUUCUUGGUCUCUUCCGCCGUUUUGGCCAGAUGAGGAUGCCGAAUUAUUUGAGGGGACAAAUAUCGAGGUUGGAGUUACGAGCAUAAGAGCCAAUGUGAGGAGGGAAUUCAAGACGGCGCAUGAUCUUUUGACCACUGAGUCGUGGGAGCCUGAGCUUCUCAAGCAAUUCACAUUGACUUUGUACCAAUGGGCGUACAGUAUCUUCUCAAGUAGAAGUUUCCGCCCGAGUCUUGUUCUUGGGCCAGAGGAUCAGCAACGUCUUCCCGAAGGUGUCAAGCUAGACGACUUUUCUGUUCUCAUGCCUCUAUUUGAUAUAGGAAAUCAUGAUAUGACUACCAAAGUGGAAUGGAUACGGAAUGAGAGGAUCAAUGGCUGCAGUCUCAAGGUUGAAAAGGCGUAUCAGGCUGGGGAACAGGUCUUCAACAACUACAGCAUGAAGACAAAUGCCGAGCUACUACUGGGAUAUGGGUUUACGCUCCCAGAGACGGAGGAUUUGCACAACGACUAUGUUCAUGUGCGGAAACGUCAGCCUGCAAAGGGUGAGGCCACGGAGGAGUAUUAUAUCUCUCUACGACCUGUCCGAGACCCCAGCUCCCUCCUUGCACGCUCAAAACAAACCGUCCAGCUCAGCGAUUCAGCCCCCAUACUCGGAGCUUUUCAACAUGUUCAGCACGACAUGGUCUGGGACAUAUUCUGCACGCUCGCGCCACCCGAGCAACGCUCGACACUUAUCAGCGAAGGCUCGGAGCCAGAGCAGCAAGAGAAGUUCUUCAGCGGUCAAGUCAGUGAAGACGGGAGAAUGUUCCUUCAGCAGACUGCGGCCAUCAUCCAGCACAAGGUCAUGCAGGAGCUUGAGAGGUUGCUUGAGACGGACGUGGAGGUUGUGGGUGGAGGUGGCCUGACGAGGAAUCAGCAGUUGGCGUUGGAUUAUAGGGCGAGGUGUAGAAGAGUGCUUGAGAAUACACUGGAGGCUAUGAAUAUGGAGGAGUUGUUUGGGGAGGAUGACGAAGGGGACGAAUAG